ACGACACCUCGUCGUUUCCGGCACCUAUAGCCGCGUGGGCUCUCCAGCAGCGUGUAAACUGAGAGCAGCGCCCCGAAACCAAGAGAAAAACACGUGUUUAUUUAUCAGAUCUACUGUUUAAAGAUGUCCUUUCGUGGAGGAGGAGGUAGAGGAGGCCGAGGAGGAGGUGGAGGAUUCGGUAGAGGAGGUGGAGGGUUUGGAAGAGGAGGUGGAGGGUUUGGAAGAGGAGGAUUCGGGGGAAGAGGAGGAGGAAGAGGAGGAUUUAACAGACAGCAGGAUUACGGUCCUCCGGAGUAUGUUGUCGCCCUGGGAGAGUUCAUGCAUCCGUGCGAAGACGACAUUGUGUGCAAGUGUGUGACGGAGGAAAACAAGGUGCCCUACUUCAAUGCUCCCGUGUACCUGGAGAACAAGGAGCAGAUCGGCAAAGUGGACGAGAUCUUCGGCCAGCUCAGAGAUUUUUAUUUUUCAGUCAAACUUUCAGAGAACAUGAAGGCGUCGUCGUUCAAGAAAUUACAGAAGUUCUACAUCGACCCAGCGAAGCUGUUGCCCCUCCAGAGGUUCCUCCCGAGACCGCCUGGAGAGAAAGGACCCCCUCGAGGAGGCAGAGGAGGGGGCAGAGGUGGUGGACGAGGAGGCGGUUUCCGAGGUGGCCGAGGAGGUGGUGGUCGCGGUGGUGGAUUCGGAGGAGGUAGAGGAGGAGGUGGAUUUGGAGGAGGCAGAGGAGGAGGCUUCAGAGGAGGACGAGGAGGAGGAGGCCGUGGAUUCAGAGGUGGAAGAUGAUGAAGAAGAGUGCGCUGACUUUACUCCUGCCUCAGAAGGAAUGUUCAGACAGAGACUCCGCAAACGGACCUUCUUGCUUUUCUAUCCAAAGCCUCUUCUAGUCAUCGGAACCUCGAUAUUUCUUUAUUUUAUUAUUUCCAUUUUAAUGUGUAUAUUUUCAGGGGUGCAAUUGUUCCUAAAUGUUUGUAAUCGAGGACGAAGCGUACUCCGUCAACUUCGGUAUGUUUCACCUGUGCGCUGGUUGAAUCAGGAAUCAGUGAUUAUUAUCACGACAUCUUUUAUACGUAACAUGAAAACAUUCAUACUUUUUGUUAGUGCUGAGAUAUGAAUGGAUACGAAUUGUAUUAUAGCAGCGCUAGCAUACUAGCGCUAAAUAAAACCUAUCGUGUUUGUA